GUAGUAGAUGCCGACCGGCAACGUCGAAGCAACACCCAACACGUCCAGUUUAUCCUUGACUGAGUGUUAACGAAGUUUUAGUUGCUGGUUGUAGUAUUGUUCAUGCAGUUUACAACGUUAUUAUCGUGAAAAGAAGCAUCGUAAUACUUUGUUUAUGGUUCGUUAAAAUAGUCGUAAUUUUAAUUAAAAACCGAAGAAAUGCGUACUUUGGAGAAAGGAUUUGGUAAUUGUUCGUUGCGUACGUCCACUUUAAUAUGUUUGGCUGUGAUUUCAGUUAUUGGUGUUCUCUCAAUCCUAGGAAUAUUCCUCGGUUAUGGCUUUGAAACGACACUUUUUACGAAGAUACUGGCUUUCCUUUACCAAACUCCGGUGACAGCAGUGUUCAUUUAUACCCUCUACACCCUGCUCAAGGAUGAAUCUUCUAUGCUACAAAUCGCUCUCAUUGUGCUGUGUGUCGAUAUCGCGUUCACCGUUUUGGGUAUAAUUACAUCGAUUUUCACGCACAUAUUAUCCUUAUUCAUAGCUUUGAUUUUCAUUCUUAUUUAUCUCGCUUUCAAAUGUUACGCUGCUUGGAUCUUGUACAGUUAUUGGAUCGACUUCAAACCGCCUGUAUCUGUCAGUGCUUGAAUCAAUAAAGUGUUCUUAUUAAGUCUAGAUAACAGGCUGUGGUUUAACUUAUAUUUACAUAUAAUUUUAUUUUUAAAUCUAUCGAUUUUUUGUAUUUCGUAGAAACCACCUAAGGGAAACCUACCUGUUGAUUUGUAUUGUUGUUUUCUUUAAUGCAAUUUUCAAUUUUUUUAUUCGCUUUUACAUUUUUAAGAAUGUGAUAAAAACUGAAGUUUACGGUAGCAUUUUUUCUUUUAAACACUUUUCUAUUUUUUUUUUUUUUAAAUUGAAACUAUGGAAGCAAUUUUGUGGUAGGAGAUUUUAUUUAGUUUUAUUUUAAAAUUCGAUUUAAAAGGGUGCUUCGAAUGUUGAAUGUUUUAAAAUCGCCAAUUUUAAUGAUUAAUAUAGAAUGAUUUGUUUGAGAUACUCGGUAAUCAUCACACUCAUCACGAGAAUAUUGACGAUUCAACAUUCGAAUGAUAUUAUUAAUAAUUAAUAAUGAAUUAGGUAUGUACUUACACGUAUGUUCAUAAAACACGAAGUACAGGAGAUAAAAACUACCAUUUUAUUCUUAUCAUCAGCAAGAAAAAUAUUCGAGGUGAUAAAAUUUUGAAACUUCGGUUUGUUUGUUUUUUUAUUUGAAAAUCGAAGACGUUUUUAGGUACUUGAUUUUUUUCUUUAUGCAUACCUACCAUCUAAAGCACCGUCUCAAUUCAAGUUUUUUUUUUACUAUGUGUUUGUUUACUAUCAUUCUAUUAAGUAUUAAGUCAAUUCUAAGCACUGUGCAUUUAUGUUGAUCCAAGUUUUUUUUUUUUUAAUUUUUAAUCUAUACCUUACCCUAAUUGACUGAUUUUGUGGUCAGGGUUACCAUAAGAUUGUUUUGAAUUUUUACGUGUAUUCAAUUUUACUGUUUUCCCUCCGAUAUUAAUAAAAAUUGAAGUAACACGUGAUAAUAA